UUCCUUCCAAAGAGUAUUAAUCCCGUGAAGCCAAAAAAACAACCUUCCUACUUUCCUUAUGUCUGUCAUGUCGCUUGCAAAUUGAAACCACCGCAAGCUCCCGAAGCUUCGCCCAUGGCCCGAGUUGGGGGUAAAAUUAAUAAAUUAAUCGUCAAAUGCAUAAUGUUAUCCACUGAGGAUAAGAUAUUAAGAUCGCUUCUUUCACCCGCUUCGAAAAAUCAUGGCACUCUUCUAAAUAAUGGUCUUUGCCGUGAGUUAAAAAGUCUUCAGUGAGAAGCAACCAAAACACAUGAGCAUAAAAGCGACGCAACUCCUUUCUUCCUCUAUGUAUUCUCUUUGAUAUGAUUUUCGUUUUCAAGGGGCUUGUGACCUUGGGAGCUGCAUCAUCCAUGGCGAUCUCGAUGCUCCUUGCCGUUCUUUUGGCGGCAGUUUCCUUUGGGGAGUCCAGCUACAUAGCUUACAACACCACCGGGGGCAUCGUGCCCGGAAAAAUCAAUGUCCAUUUGGUGCCUCACUCGCACGACGACGUUGGUUGGUUGAAGACCGUUGAUCAGUACUACGUCGGCGCCAACAAUUCGAUUCGGGGAGCGUGUGUGCAGAACGUUAUAGACUCUGUGAUUUCAGCAUUGUUGGAUGAUGAGAAUCGGAAGUUCAUCUAUGUUGAAAUGGCAUUUUUCCAGAGGUGGUGGAGACAGCAAAGCAAGAAACUUCAGACUAGAGUGAAGCAGCUUGUCAAGUCGGGUCAACUGGAGUUUAUCAACGGAGGAAUGUGUAUGCAUGACGAGGCAACCACACAUUACAUUGAUCUGAUUGAUCAGACAACUUUAGGGCAUCGGUAUAUCAAAGAUGAAUUUGGUCAGACUCCUAGAGUUGGCUGGCAGAUUGAUCCUUUUGGACAUUCUGCUGUUCAAGCCUACUUGCUUGGUGCUGAGCUAGGAUUUGAUUCUCUCUUUUUUGCUCGGAUUGAUUACCAAGACAGAGCUAGAAGGAAAGAUGAGAAGACUCUUGAGGUUGUAUGGCAGGGUUCCAAGUCCCUUCUUUCAACUUCACAGAUAUUCACUGGUAUAUUCCCCAGGCAUUAUGACCCCCCAGAUGGUUUUGUAUUUGAGAUAAAUGAUAUCUCCCCUGCUAUUCAGGAUGAUGUUCUCCUAUUUGACUACAAUGUUGAAGAGCGAGUCAACGACUUCGUAGCUGCUGCUGUAUCACAGGCUAAUGUAACCAGGACAAAUCAUAUCAUGUGGACCAUGGGGACGGAUUUUCGGUAUCAAUAUGCAAAUUCAUGGUUCAGGCAGAUGGAUAAACUUAUUCAUUAUGUCAACAAGGAUGGGCGUGUCAAUGCACUAUAUUCAACCCCAUCAAUUUACACUGAUGCAAAAUAUGCAGCGAAUAAAAUAUGGCCUCUUAAAAAGGAUGACUUCUUCCCGUAUGCAGAUCAUCCAAAUGCAUAUUGGACAGGUUAUUUUACAAGUAGGCCAGCCUUUAAAGGUUAUGUCAGAAUGAUGAGCAGUUACUAUCUGGUAGCAAGACAAUUGGAAUUCUUCAAAGGCAGGAAUAGUACAGGGCCCAACACAGAUGCAUUGGCUGAUGCUUUGGCAAUUGCUCAACAUCAUGAUGCAGUUAGUGGUACCCAAAGACAGCAUGUGGCUGCUGAUUAUGCUAAAAGACUGUCAAUAGGCUAUGUCGAGGCUGAGGAGUUGGUUUCAUCUUCACUUGCUUCCCUGACAGAAUCAAGAUUAAUUACUGGACCAGCAAAUCCUAUCACAAAGUUUCAGCAGUGUCCUCUUCUUAACAUAAGUUACUGUCCUCCAUCGGAAGCUGUUUUGUCUGAUGGGAAAAGCUUGGUUGUUGUCAUAUACAAUCCUCUUGGAUGGAAGAGAGAGGAAGUAGUCCGAAUACCUGUUUCCACUGAAAGGCUUAUUGUUCAUGAUUCUAGUGGAAAAGAAAUUGAAUCUCAGCUUCUACCUGUGGUCAAUGCCUCAUCUAACACCAGAAACUUCUAUGUCAAAGCUUAUUUGGGUAAAUCCCCUAGUGGCACACUUAAGUAUUGGCUUGCAUUUUCAGCAUCCGUGCCACCUCUUGGUUACAGCACUUACAUUAUCUCAAGUGCAAAACAGACAGGUGCUAGUUCAACCAUCUCAAUGGUGCUGACAUCAGAAGGAAAUCAAAAUAGUACCAUAGAAGUUGGGCAAGGAAGUCUGAAGCUACUUUAUUCUGCAGAUGAAGGAAAACUUACUCAUUAUAUUAAUAGCAGAAGUUUGGUUACAGCAUUUGCGGAACAAUCAUACAGUUAUUAUUCUGGAAAUGAUGGAACUGAUAAAGAUCCUCAGGCAUCUGGAGCAUAUGUUUUCCGCCCAAAUGGUACAUUCCCAAUAAAAUCUGAAGGCCAGGUUCCCUUAACUGUUCUGCAAGGACCAAUACUUGAUGAAGUGCAUCAAGAGCUCAAUCCAUGGAUAUAUCAGGUAAUGAGGAUAUACAAGGGAAAGGAGCAUGCUGAAGUUGAGUUCACUAUUGGGCCCAUCCCUGUGGAUGAUGGAGCCGGGAAAGAAAUCACAACUCAGAUUACCACAACCUUGAAGACCAAUAAAACAUUCUACACAGAUUCUAAUGGGCGUGACUUCAUUAAAAGGAUUCGGGAUUACAGAGCAGACUGGGACCUGCAAGUGAACCAACCAGUUGCUGGAAAUUACUAUCCUAUUAAUCUAGGCAUAUAUGUGCAAGAUGACAGCAUGGAACUCUCAGUGUUAGUGGACCGCUCAGUGGGAGGAUCCAGUUUAGUAGAUGGUCAAAUAGAGCUGAUGCUCCAUAGGAGGUUGCUUCAUGAUGAUAUUAGAGGUGUUGGAGAGGUACUAAAUGAGGAAGUUUGUGUUGGUGGCCAGUGCAAAGGUUUAACUAUCCAAGGAAAACUUUAUAUUAGAAUUGAUCCAGUAGGAGAAGGUGCCAAGUGGCGACGCACAUUUGGACAAGAGAUAUAUUCUCCACUUCUAUUAGCGUUUGCAGAACAGGAUGGGAACAACUGGAUGGAAUCCCAUUUACCAACUUUUUCAGGACUGGAUCCUUCCUAUGUUUUACCUAAUAAUACUGCUCUGAUAACCCUAGAGGAACUUGAAAAUGGGAAACUACUUCUUCGGUUGGCUCACCUAUAUGAGACCGGAGAGGACAAAGACUAUUCGGUGAUGGCUACUGUGGAACUGAAAAAACUGCUUCACAACAUUAAGAUCACCAAAGCAACGGAGACAAGUCUGUCUGCAAAUCAAGAAAGAAGUAGGAUGGAAAACAAGAAAUUAAUUUGGGAAGUAGAAGGCUCCUCGGAAGAACCCAAGGUGGUGAGAGGGGGACCUGUGGAUCCUGCAAAGCUAGUGGUAGAGCUCGCCCCAAUGGAAAUCCGGACCUUCUUAAUCGAAUUUGAUCACCUCCAAAUCUUCCCUUCCUGAAAGAGAAGUCUAAGUCUCUUUACAAAAUGCAGUGGAGAUCGUUCAUUUAUGUAUGCUGAAAUGCCUUCCACACUUCUCCCUUUUACGUGAAUGAAAGUCCCUUGCUAUAUAUUACCAAAAGAAACGCAAAUAAAAUCGUUGUACUUUGUGGCGUCACAACUUCUUCGGCAAGAGUUACCAUACUCAUAUGAUACGUGCAUCCCAAAUUAGCAGUUCUAGACACUUGCAUAUACCUAAAUACAAAAAUACGAGACUUUUAGAUAUUA